AUGGAGAAGUUCAGCCAGUUUCGCGAUAAAGGCUCCGGCAUAUCGCCCUUCAUCCCCGUCAAGACGCCUCUGUCUCCCCUCGCCGCUGUCUUCCACUCCUUCCUCUUCAUCAUCCGCCUCCCGCUCUUCAUCACCUACGUCGCCACUUACUUCCUCCUCCUCCAACACCUCCCCUUCCUCCCCGUCGCCGCCCGGAAGAUCCUCCUCUGGGGCAUGAUGGGUAUCCCGGGGAUAUGGUGGGUCGAUCUCCAACUCGACGGCGUCCGACGCGGUACCCUCGCCGAGCAGCCCCCGCAGCGCUUCCCGCACCCGGGCUCCGUCAUCGCGGCGAACUUCACCUCCCCCAUCGACGCGAUCUACCUCGCCGCCAUCUUCGACCCCAUCUUCACAAUCUCCUACCCGAACACCCGCUCCGUCCAGCGCAUCUCCCUCCUCCGCGCCGUCCUCUACGCCCUCUCCCCCAUCUGCUUCGCCCCGCCCCAGGGCGCAAAGCUCACCGACCUCGCCGCCCUCCUCGAGCGCUACCCCGACCGUGUCGUCGCCGUCUUUCCCGAGGGCGCAACCACCAACGGCAAGGGCGUCCUCCCCUUCACACCCAGCCUGCUCGCCGCGAAACCAGAUGUCCACAUCUUCCCUGUUAGCAUCAGGUACACUCCCGCCGAUGUCACGACGCCCGUCCCUGGCCGCUGGUUCAAGUUCCUCUGGGACCUGCUGUCCCGGCCCACGACAUGCAUCCGCGUCCGUGUCGCCGAAAGCAUCCUCAACUCCUCGGCAGCUCAGACCAAUGGCGUGUCGUCAUCUUCGUCCGCUGACAGCGGAUCCGCGCAACGACGCAUGGGAGGCGAGCCCUCGACGCUUUCGACCGAAGAGCAGCGCGUAUUGGACAAGGUCGCGGAAGCUCUUGCCAGGCUCUGCCGUAAUAAGCGCGUCGGUCUCACGUUGCGGGACAAGGCGGCGUUCGUCGACGCAUGGAACGGGCGGAAGAAGUAA